CCUAAGAAGCUUUUUCUUGCAAUUUUAUAUGUUAUCGGCAGAUCUGAUCGAUGAAACUUAUUUUUUCAAUUAUUUCUUUUCUCGUCUGGUUUCUAUAUGUUGAUUUUGUAAUUUUCUGGUUUGAUUGUAGUUUGCAAAAGAUUAGGGAUUCCUCAGAGGUUUGGGCCUUAGAGUGACGGAUAGGCUGUUCGGGGGAGCUGAAUGGAUCUACCAUGUGCGGACUGUGGUGUGACGGAUUCGGAUCCUAUGAAAUGGAGAGCGAGUACAUUACCAAAAGCUCGAUCGGCGCUCGAUUUGUCUUUCUCUUCGAUCGAGUUACGUGAUGCCGAUUAUUAUUUCUGAUGGCAGUUCGUCGUCCAACGAUGUGGAAAGAAACCGGAAGAUGAGUAAAACAGCUUUGCGGCCAUCACCGAAAAAGUGGCAUACAGACAGAGAGCAGAAUAUUUACUCAUCUAAGCUUAUCGAGACCCUUCGCCGCAUCCGCCGCUCUUCGCCGAAGGCCGAAGACCUCCGCCGAAGCCGGGUCGUUCGGGAGGCAGCGGAUCGGAUUCUUGCAGUCGCGGGUCGGGGCCGGACCCGGUGGAGUCGCGCCAUCCUCUUUAGUCGGAAUCUCAAGAUCAAGCACAGCCGGCCACGCAAAGCGGUCUACUUCCCCGCCCAGCCGAAGAAGAGGAGGAGGUCGCAGGUUCUCAAGUGCAAGGCUGGAGUCCUCGGGAGACUUGUUCCAGGUUGCCGGAAGCUCUCUUUCCCGACUCUUCUAGAAGAGGCUUCCGACUACAUAGCGGCGCUCCAGAUGCAAGUCCGUGCUAUGGCUUCUCUCACCGCGAUUCUCUCAGCUUCCGGCGGAUUCUCUUCGCCGGAUCCCGAUCGCUUUGCGCCUUGAUGCCACAGUACUGUCGCCGGGCCGGCGCGCUCGUUUUUACCACUCAUGUAUUAGAGAAAUUAUUAGAAAGCUGCUUCCGCAUUUCGAGCUUAUAAUUUCUCUUUGUAUUAUACUGAAAAUCGGCACUACGUUCUCAAUGUGACAAUUUGUUUUUUAACAAAUAAUA